GUUCAUAUCAAAAAUUCAACUAAGCUUUUUUUUCCAUUUGUACUGUAUUUUCCAAAUUGACAGCAGAAGCAUUGAUGCCAAACAGGGCCUAACAUAUGGUCUGCUCAUGCAAAAAAUGCAAUCGAUCCUUAUUUUUUUCUUUACACAGAAUCAGACUCCAUCCUCUAAAUAGCAGUAGCCAGUAGAUACUAGCUGCACAGUACACCGAAGGAAUUACACGCAGUCGGCAAUCUCAACUCUGUUGAUCUUCCACGAUUUCUCUCUCUCUCUCUCUCUCUCUCUCUCUCUCUCUUCAUCUGACUAUACAAACCACAGCUGAGAUUCCAAUUCGCGGAAUUGCCAAAUCAGUUGCGUGUAUUGUAAAAUCGAGAAGCAUUGAUUGCAUUUUGCAUGUCAGUGAGUGAAGAGUGUGGGGUUUUAACUGUUGAAGCUCGAAAUCAUGGCGUCGAUUUUCACCAGCGGAACGGCGUCGUUGCCGCUGAGAGUAUUGGAGGAGGGCUCUUCUUCUUCUUCUUCGGACGGUAAUCCGUCAGACGCGGUGAUAUUUGUCGGGAUCAGCUUGGUGUUGGGGAUUGCUUCUCGCCACGCUCUGAGGGGGACGCGCGUGCCCUACACCGUCGCUCUGCUUGUUCUCGGCAUUGGCCUUGGCGCCUUAGAAUACGGAACACAUAACCGGUUGGGAAAGAUCGGCAAUGGAAUUCGUCUAUGGUCAAAUAUUGAUCCUGAUCUUCUCUUGGCCAUCUUCCUUCCUGCGCUUCUUUUUGAGAGUUCGUUUUCAAUGGAAGUGCACCAGAUAAAGAGGUGUAUAAUGCAAAUGUUUCUACUUGCUGGUCCUGGAGUGCUAAUUUCUACCUUUUGUCUCGGGGCUGCUUUAAAGCUUGUUUUUCCUUAUAAUUGGAGCUGGAAAACAUCGCUACUGCUUGGCGGUCUCCUCAGUGCUACUGAUCCUGUUGCUGUUGUGGCCCUUCUGAAAGAGCUGGGAGCUAGCAAAAAAUUGAGUACUAUAAUUGAAGGAGAGUCUUUAAUGAAUGAUGGGACAGCGAUUGUGGUCUAUCAGUUAUUUCUUCGCAUGGUUCUUGGCUGGAGCUUUAGUUGGGGAGCCUUAAUCAAAUUCUUGUCACAAGUCUCUCUUGGAGCUGUAGGUGUUGGUCUUGCUUUUGGAAUAGCAUCUGUCGUGUGGCUGGGAUUUAUAUUCAAUGAUACUGUUAUUGAGAUAUCUUUGACAUUUGCUGUGAGCUACAUAGCCUACUUCACAGCUCAAGAAGGAGUUGACGUUUCCGGAGUUUUGACAGUCAUGACUUUGGGGAUGUUCUACUCUGCUGUCGCUCGAACUGCCUUUAAGGGUGAAAGUCAGCAAAGCUUGCACCACUUUUGGGAAAUGAUUUCUUAUAUUGCUAAUACAUUGAUCUUCAUCUUGAGCGGAGUGGUUAUAGCUGAAAGUGUUCUCCAAAGUGACAGUAUAUUCAAAACACACGAACAUUCUUGGGGUUAUCUGUUCCUUCUAUAUGUGUUUGUUCAAGUUGCUAGGGCGAUUGUGGUUGCAGUAUUGUUUCCAUUUUUGAGAUAUUUUGGUUAUGGUCUGGACUGGAAAGAAGCUAUUAUUCUUGUCUGGUCUGGUCUACGUGGAGCUGUAGCAUUGUCACUUUCACUCUCCGUUAAGAAUUCCAGUGACAACUCACCAUUUAUAAGUUCUGAUACUGGAACUCUGUUUGUAUUUUUAACUGGUGGUAUCGUAUUCCUUACACUUAUUGUGAAUGGAUCAACAACACAGUUUGUGUUACAUCUUCUUAAGAUGGAUAAUCUAUCAGCAGCAAAGAGGCGAAUACUAAAUUACACAAAGUACGAAAUGUUGAAGAAAGCAUUAGAGGCUUUUGGUGACCUUGGGGAUGAUGAGGAAUUAGGACCUGCCGACUGGCCUACCGUUAAACGAUAUAUAACAAGCUUAAAUGAUGUGGAUGGUGAAACUACACACCCUCAUUCUUCAUCUGAAAAUGAUGAUAACCUUGACCAUAAGAAUUUGAAAGAUAUUCGAGAACGCUUGUUGAAUGGUGUUCAGUCAGCUUACUGGGUCAUGCUUGAUGAGGGAAGGAUCACCCAAACUACAGCCAAUCUUCUGAUGCAAUCUGUUGAUGAAGCAAUUGAUCAAGUAUCUCGUGAACCUUUGUGUGAUUGGAAAGGUCUAAAGUCUUAUGUGACCAUCCCAAACCACUAUAAGUUUCUCCAAACAAGCGUUGUGCCUCAAAAGCUUGUUACGUACUUCACUGUGGAGAGAUUAGAGUCUGCAUGCUAUAUUUGUGCUGCCUUUCUCCGUGCUCAUAGAAUUGCUAGGCAGCAACUGCAUGAAUUCAUUGGAGACAGUGAGAUAGCAGCAACUGUAAUUAGGGAAAGUGAGCUGGAAGGUGAGGAAGCAAGGACAUUCCUCGAAGAUGUGCGCGUUACAUUUCCUCAGGUGCUACGUGUUGUGAAAACGAGACAAGUCACAUAUUCCGUGCUGAGUCACUUAAUUGAUUAUGUUCAUAAUCUUGAGAAGAUUGGCUUAUUAGAAGAAAAAGAGAUGACCCAUCUUCAUGAUGCCGUCCAGACUGACUUGAAAAAGCUCUUAAGAAAUCCACCUUUGGUGAAAAUUCCAAAAAUACGUGAUUUGAUAUCUUCCAAUCCUUUAUUGGGAGCUCUACCUUCCACAGUGCGUGAGACAUUGGCUGGAUCUACAAAAGAAAUUAUGAAACUAUCAGGAUCAACACUUUAUCGAGAGGGAUCAAAGCCAGCUGGCAUUUGGUUAAUAUCGAACGGGGUCGUGAAGUGGUCGAGUAGGAGUUUAGGUGAUAAGCAUUUGCUGCACCCAACUUUUACUCAUGGAAGUACUCUGGGUUUAUAUGAAGUGCUUGCUGAAAAACCCUUCCUCUGUGAUAUUAUUACGAACUCCGUGGUACUCUGCUUCUUUGUCGAAGCUGAAAAAAUAUUUUCCGCAUUGAGAUCUGAUCCUGCAGUCGAAGAUUUCUUUUGGCAGGAAAGUGUCAUCGUACUUGCCAAGCUAAUGCUUCCUCAUAUAUUCGAGAAAAUGUCCAUGCAAGAUAUUAGAACACUUAUUGCCGAAAGAUCAACAAUGAAUAUAUACAUAAGAGGGGAGAGUUUCGAAUUACUUCACCACUCCGUCGGUUUUCUAUUGGAAGGUUUUAUCAAACUGCAAGGUGCUCAAGAAGAGCUUCUUACAGCUCCCGCAUCAAUUUUGCCACCACGUACUGAUCAAAGUUUUCGCCGAACUGAAACAUCGGGAAGUUUCUCUCAACAAGUUUUGGUAUAUCAAGUUGAGACGAGGGCAAGGGUAAUCGUAUUUGAUAUUGCCGGAUUUGAGGCAUCUACAGCUCUCCAGGUAAGGCCAUCGUCACUAAUACCACAUUCAGCCGACCACCCCUCUGAAUCUCUUCUUGUUAGAGAGCAUGGUGGUCUGAUGAGUUGGCCUCAACAAGUUUUCAAAUCUAAAUACCAAGAUCGCGAAACUGAAGAUCGAAAACGAAACAGUUACAAUUUGUCUGCAAGGGCUAUGCAGUUGAGCAUCUACGGUAGCAUGAUAAGCAUACCAGGAAGACGCACUCGAAGUUUUCCGAGGAGCAGAAGAGUAAAGCCAAGUCACAGUCUAUCGUACCCAAGAGUUCCUUUAGUUAACCGCCCUCCCAUUGUUUCAGUUAAAUCGGAAGGUUCCACUACAUUCCGAAGGAAGCACGAUAUGCAAGAAGCAGAAAGCAGUGUUCGCCUACAUGAAAGCCGCGCGAGAAGAGACGAAUCGAGCGAUGAUUCGGGUGGUGAGUACGAGCAUAUUAUAAGAAUCGAUUCUCCGAGCGGGCUCUCCUUUCGCCAAGCUUCUUGAAGCUCUUUUCCCCCCAUACCACAUUUUAUAAUAAUAUUACAAUCCCCAUGUAUAUGCAAAACUUUGCUAUCUAUCUAUCUAUCUACAUUGCCUGGGAAUUGUCAAUUAAGUUAUUUUAUCUGAUCAAACAUCAUCAGAUAAUUAAUUUGUAUGUAAUAUUAUUAUUGACAUAAAAUCAAAUAAUUAUAUUGCAGAGCCU